AUGUUCCCCUGGUCUGCUAUGUUCUCACUGGAGCCGAAGGUACCUGGCCAGCGCACUCCAGAGGAGCUGGUCACUAACACCCUGAUGUUGGAGCUGGGUGCUAUGGUGAAGCGCACUGAACGUAUCUGUUUAGAGAGAGCCAGCGAGGUGCGUCGCUGUCGCAGAUCCUCAUCCUCACCAGACUACAGCUGGCUGGCCGGGUCUCAACCUCAUGUACCCUAUGAGCUUACGCCUGGAGACGUGCUGGACUUGCAGGAGCUCUGUGCACGGAUCCCACCUCCACAAUGUGGCCCUGUCAUUGUCAGGUUUCGUAAUCUAGUGUCAGAGAUUGAACCAGAAGUGCAUGAGGUCCCUCAGCUCUUCCGCUCGGUGUUGAGGGCCUGCCUGGAUGAGGAGCAGGCUGAUGAAGAGCUACAGUUACGCACAGCACGUUGGGAGAAGCGGCGCAGUAAGAGCCUUUCAUUCGUCACCUUCCGAUCCAAGUUCCGUGCGCUUAGCCGUGGCAUGGGCAGUUUCAGCGGUUCUCGAGGCAACCUACAGGAGGAAAACACAUGGUCAGAGGAAGAAGAGGAGGGAGCUGCGGAGCAGGUGACAUCAGGGGCACCAUGGCCGAGAAGAGGGAGGAGCCACAGCAUGCCAGAAAUAAUCCCUACAGAGAGUUCUGCUUAG